CUCUUUCCGCCGGGUGGCGCGGCUCAAGAUGGCGGUGCAGAUCUCCAAGAAGCGCAAGUUUGUCGCUGAUGGCAUCUUCAAAGCUGAACUGAAUGAGUUUCUGACUCGUGAACUGGCUGAAGAUGGGUACUCUGGAGUAGAAGUCCGGGUCACUCCAACCAGGACUGAGAUUAUCAUACUUGCCACCAGAACCCAGAAUGUGCUGGGUGAAAAGGGACGCCGCAUCCGGGAGCUGACGGCUGUUGUGCAGAAGAGGUUUGGCUUCCCUGAGGGAAGUGUCGAGCUCUAUGCCGAGAAGGUGGCCACCAGAGGUCUGUGUGCCAUCGCCCAGGCAGAGUCCCUGAGGUACAAGCUUCUGGGAGGCUUAGCAGUGCGUCGGGCCUGCUACGGUGUCCUCCGCUUCAUCAUGGAGAGCGGUGCCAAGGGCUGUGAGGUGGUUGUGUCUGGCAAACUCAGGGGUCAGCGUGCCAAGUCCAUGAAGUUUGUGGAUGGUUUGAUGAUCCACAGUGGAGACCCAGUGAAUUACUACGUCGACACAGCUGUGCGUCACGUCCUGCUCCGGCAAGGUGUACUUGGAAUCAAAGUAAAAAUUAUGUUGCCAUGGGACCCAAGUGGAAAGAUUGGCCCCAAAAAGCCUCUUCCAGAUCAUGUCAGCAUUGUGGAACCCAAAGAAGAGAUCUUGCCCACCACCCCCAUUUCAGAGCAGAAGGGUGGCAAACCAGAACAGCCAGCCAUGCCGCAGCCAGUUCCCACUGCCUGAGAGGGUUUACAACAUCUGCAACCAGAAGCUUGGCUGUCCUGAAAACAUCUCUUAAUAAAAUCACAAAAGACAGUGUUUGUGGAGGUGCUUUUUUUUUGCAAGGUAUAUUCAGGAAGAGCCUGAAUCUUUGGUAUGGAAGGAAUUUCUUUGCAUUUCUUUCAGCUUGUGUUACCUUUUGAAGUGAACUUAGCAGAUCCUAAUCUAAACAGAGUGGGGACAAGAUGCUGAUUUCUAGAGAGAUGUCUGGAGUCCUCUGACAGUUACACAGCAGGCUUUCUGUGAGGUUUCCAGGAGGGGAGCUGGUUUAGCAAUGUCCAAAGGAGUUGCAAUCUUUCAGGCUAAACUUAAAGUAUUACUGUAUUUUCUAUUAAAUGCUUUUGUCACCUCUGUACUUCAGUUUUCCGUACCACUGA